GAGACAGUAGAGGAGGAGAAAGUGAACAGAAACCAAAGAUGACUGCGUGAAACAAAAUGGAUCCAAACAAGCCCAGCCUUUCCUCAAAAGUCUCACAUGUAAACAAUGGAGGAGGAAAUGAGUCAGUAAUGGAAGAACUGGUGCAGAGGCGAAGCAGUGUGAAAGGAGAGAGGCAGGGGGACACGGAAACCAGAGAGCCGGAUGAUAUUGAUGGGACAAUAGCUGCAGAGAUAAACAAUCACCGCAGGGGGUCAGCAGACAAGCACAAAUUGGGCACGCUUGGAUAUCAGAGGCGAACCAAGCAGAAGGUUGUGACUGGCUUUACCACACUGAGUAAAGGAUCUUCUUCAGGAGCCAAACCCAGAGCAGCACUGAAACAGGUCCUGUUCAGCCAGGGAGUGUCUGAGAAGACAUCUGAGGAGCGAGGUCAGCUGGAUGUGUUGAAGCAGGAUCUGGGAGCCUACAUUGUGCCAGAAAGUCUGAAAUGGAGGUGGAAGGAUGAAAGUCAGGGAACUACACUGGAAAAGAGCUGGACAGAUUUAGUGCAGUCUCAUUCAACAAUGCCUAAGAUGCAGAAACACCAACAGGAGGCAUUGUGGGAGUUUGUCCACACUGAGCUCAGCUAUAUCAACAAGCUAAAGAUCAUUAAAGAUUUUGUUAUUGCAGCUCUUCUUAACUUCAACCAGCGUGGAUUUCUCCUGGAGGUGACCCCUGAACUGCUUUUCUCUAACCUCCCCUCCAUCCUCCACACACACCAACAAUUCUGGCAAGAGGUGGUUUUUCCCAUGUUGCAGGAAGUCCGACAGACAGGCAAACCAUUCGACCCCAUGAGGCUGGAGGCUGGUUGCUUGCAGUUCCAUGAACGCUUCUCUGUCUACCAUCAUUACUGCUGGGAGGAGGAAGAUAAUCUGGAGUUUACACGCAGGCAGAUGGAGGGCAAUCCACAGUUUUUUCUAUUUGUCCAGUGGAUUGAGGCUCAACCUCAGUGUGAGCGGAUGCGGCUUGGAGAUAUGCAGGCCAAACCCCAUCAGAGGAUCACAAAAUAUCCCCUGCUGCUCAAAGCUGUCCUCAAAAACACUCAGGAGCCUCACGUGCAACAGACGCUCAAAGGAAUGAUAUCUAGUGUCAACAGUUUUUUGGAGAGCAUCAAUGACUACAUGCAGCUGAAGGAUGAGGAGCUCGCUCUCUCUAUCUCAGCUCAGAGAGUAGAGGGAUACGAGGUAGAGGGAUUAAAUGAAGAAAUUGACAAGUAUGUCCGAGAGAUCAGCCAGUUUGAUCUAACAUGCCCCAUCAGAGGAGUCGGUCCAAGAGUUGUACGUAAGCUGCUGCUGGAGGAGAAUUUGAAGUUUCGGGGCAGAAAGGACAGCAAGGUGGAGGUGGUGGCUCUACUCUUCUCAGACGUACUCCUUCUGACUAAAAUUCAGAAGAAAGGGGAGCGACUGAGGGUGGUUCGACCUCCUGUGGCGCUCGACAGGACGGACUGCAUCUCACUGAAAGAUGGAUAUUCAUUUCUUCUGGUAGAAGUAGGAGAGCUUCAGAGUGUGAUGAAUGUUUUCAUACUUGUAGCCAGCACCUCAGAUAGCUGCUCCACAUGGGUCUCUACCAUCCAACAGGCAAAGAAAGCACUGAGGAGUCUGAGAGAGCAAGAGAGCAACAGACUUGAAAACUUGAGAGUACGUCAGCUAGAGGCCAACCCUGCCACCGAGACCAAGACAGAUAAAAUGGAGAUGGAAGAACUACCUUUCACACAUUCAGGAGGAAAGGAUGAACUAGUUGAUGAACCAAUAAAGAAUUAUCCAAUAAAUGGAUCUAAAGAAGCAAAACAACAUCAACAUUCAGAUGAGUUUUUGACGUACAAAACUGGAUUAACUCUUCGGAGCUCCCAGCGGAGCAACAUUUACCGUGAUGCAGGUCGACAACCAACAUUAAAACAAAAUAAACAGAUAGACACAAGAUUUGGAAGAGACAAGGACAGAAACCAUUGGCAGGAAGAGGACCAAAGUUUUGAGACUUGGAGGAGAAAUGAGCAAAGCAUGAUGUGGAACCACAGUGUGAAAUCUGUCCCUCAUUCAGAUCAAUUUGCACACAACAAAGCUGCUGAUCCAUUAAGACAAAACAGAACUGGGCCUCACAAUCUUCUGAUGGAUGGAUUACCCGAUGUUGAUUACCCAACAAACGAAGAGAGCACAUUACAGCAUCAUUCCCAGCCAAGAGACUUCAGGGAUGGGAUCUUUAAAUCACUGGAAAGAGGACUAUUGACAAGGAGAGAUUCAGAUUUGCUGUCUGUGAACCAGGACAUUAUGAGAAACUCCUCCUCUGGUCAGUCUGUUGACAUGGAGCCCUCUCCUGAUGCUUGGAGCUUCUCAAAAGACUUAAAAUCACCUGGGUUACAAAGAAGGAGGCCAAGCAGCACAAAUCAGGGUCCCCCUAUUCAUCUGUCACAACAGUUCUUCCAGGACUCAAGCCAGACUUUGGCUGCUUCAAACAGCUCCUCAAAUUCAGAAUCCGACUUCACCCUAAAUACGAAGAGAAACUCUCUUCCUGCUGGUUUUGGAAGAGAGACUUCACACAAAGUGUUGAAACUAGGCUCCCUAAAGCCAAACCAGGUCAUGUUUGCGAAUAUGCAGCACAGAGCUUCCCCUGAUCUCCAAACUUUUUCCGAAUCUGAGCUGUCAGAUCAGAACUUCCAGAAGAAAAAUGCCAAACUAAAAACUCAAAGGAGUUCUUCUAUUCCCAACAUCAUUGUUGAUGGAGAGCACGUGCGUCAUGAGCAUUCUAGUACCUGGUACAUAUCACCCCAAGCUGAGGACAUGUCCAGCUCAGGAUAUAAUCCAGAUGAAUGCCCUUCACCUCUGGAGGGCCUUUUGAAAAGAGCCAAGAGAAGAGAUAGAGACAAGGUUGAAAUAAAAAGACACAAGAACAUAAAGGUGGCUAAUCUACGGCCAAGGUAUCCUCCUUCCCCCUCAUAUACCCCCACACCUUCACCCCCACCCAGUGAUGGAGACAGAGACACAGACUUGGAGGAGGUGGGGCUGGUGAGACAAAGGGCUCCCUCAGUGAGUACAAGAUGGAAGGAGCAGCUGGUAGAUGGAGAUGAAGAUGACAAGACAAGCAGUGUUCUCUUUGCGGAUGGUGUGAACGUGGACUGGCCAGGCUGGUGCUUUGAUGUUGAUGAAGUCAUGGAUUGCUUGAAUCCCACGGAUGAAGGACUUCUAGAGGGAAUCAAUCGAUCUUUGGCCGACUGGGGUCUCAAUGAAUCAGAGCAAGAAGACGGGGAGUGUAGUCAGGUGUAGCUCUGUAGUCUACCAACUAAGUGUUAGCUCCACGUCUGUGAAUGUGAAUUUCUGAUCAAGAAACUGAAAAGGGAAAAACUGCAGCACAUAAAAGAAGACAAGGAGCUUUGCAAACAGAAAACACAUAGUGAUCUUUGCACAAAUAGUUUGGGAUGUAGAAUAAUAAACUUUAUCGUCUGAAAUGAUAAUUAAAAAGUCAUUUGUAAUUAAUAAAAAAUAGUGUAACAUAUUUAGAUAAACACAUAUAUGUAGCCAGUUUUUUAAAAACAUUUUCUA